AAUAUUGUGCAAAUAGACCUUGUUUUUUGUAUAAAGUGCACGAAUUUUUUUUACUCGAGUUGGUCAGUGAUCCGCUUUGUUGAUAUUUAUAAAUUAUUCAUUGUGAUUUAAAAAUAGUGCAAAUUGUAAUCAUGAAGACAUUCGUCAUAGCCGCUAUGCUGAUAUUGCAAUCUUUCUAUGUAUUCGGCAUGCCAGCCGAAACCCCUGAAAGUCAUUUGACGUCACCAUCUGAUGCUGUCUCAGCAUCAGGUGAUGAUUCACACCUGGAUUCGACUACGCAAAUAAUUCAUGAUGAUGAUAAAAGAAAAACGAUCGACGAAGCUGGAGAAAUUGCAGAAGAUCAAGUCGUGAGAGACCUGACAGGGGAAAGUGACGUAGAAAGUGCCGAUGGUAACGAUGGCAUGGACACCGCCGAAAGCGCUUUGGUCUUCCGACCUUUGUUUGCUUAUAGGAAACAGUUGAUCAGGCGCGAAAGAAUCCGAGCUCAGAGGAGAGCAGAAGCCUGCAAACACUAA